AUGGCCAAUAUCGCCAAUCUCCAGCGGAUAUCGGCCACGGCCCUGUCUGACAUCCUGCUAGCAGAGCAGCUCGCUGCAAACCCAAAGGUUGCUGUCGUGGAUGUCCGUGAUGAUGACCACAUUGGGGGUCACAUCAAAGGCUCUCUGCAUUUCCCCUCCCGCAGUCUGGACGCCAUGCUCCCCACACUGGUUCGCAAGCUCGAGGACAAGAGCAUGGUCGUCUUUCACUGCGCACUGUCGCAACAGAGGGGCCCAGGGGCGGCACUGAGGUACAUGCGCGAGAGAGAUGGCAUCUUGGGCAAGUCGUCUAAACUGGAGGCAUCUGGAGACGCAGCGGCUGAAGAGCUGAAGGGCGAAGACAAAGGAGGCAGGAGCACAGAGCAAAAGGUGUAUGUUCUGGACAGGGGGUUUGUGGGCUGGCAGGAGAUGUUUGCUCAAGAUGAGCGAUUGACAGCGGGCUAUCGCAAGGAGCUGUGGGAGGAUGGGUACUGGGGAUGA